CAGGGUCGACCUCCAGCGUUAGAGGCUGAUCCCGUCCUUCUCCUUCCAGAGGAGGCUUCCACUCCUCCUCCACUCUGCUGCCAAUGCCUUCGUCUGGCUCAUGUUCCUGCGUUUGAUCCCUGAAAUCCCAACGUUUAGCUGUUGAUUGCAGCAGAUCUCGCCGGAUUUGGUCUCCUGGAUCGCAGCAAGCCGAGUAUGACCGAUAAGCCGGGCGUGGCGGCGGGCGGCAGCGACGAUGCGGGCGGCAUCAUGGCGCUGCUGGAGCGCGUGGCGGGCCUCAUGGACAGCGUCCAGGCCACGCAGCAGCGCAUGGAGGAGCGUCAGCUGGAGCUGGAGGGCACGGUGAAGACCAUCCAGGCCGACGUGGUCAAGCUGACCAGCGAGCACGCCAACACCAGCUCCACUGUCGACCGGCUGCUGGAGAAGACGCGCAAGGUCAGCCGCCACAUCAAGGACGUGAGGGUGCGCGUGGAGAACCAGAACGUCCGCGUGAAGAAGGUGGAGGCCACGCAGGGCGACCUCCUCGCCAAGAACAAGUUCAGGGUGGUCAUCUAUCAGGGCGACCAGGAGGUGAAAGCCGUCUCUCCGGGCAGCGAGCCGGCCGAAGCCAGCGGCGGCGCCGGCAGCAGAGCCGAGGUGGAACCGGACAAGUUCGAGCUGCCUCCGGAGUCGGAUGAGGAGUACAUGGUGGUGGAGGAGGCCGACUCCUCGUCAGCCGGCCGCAUGAAGAAGACGGGGCUGACGCGCAUCGAGAGCUUCAAGGCCACCUUCUCCAAGGAGAACAUGAGCAAGACCCGCGAGAACCUGGGAACCAAAGUCAACAAGCUGGGGGAGCGCAUCGUGACGGCCGAGAGGCGCGAGAAGAUCCGCCAGUCCGGCGAGAGGCUGAAGCAGUCCGGGGAGCGCCUGAAGGAGACCAUCACCAAGAGCGUCCCGGCCAAACUGAACCUGAAGAAGGAGAGGACUGUGGCGGAGGGCCAGGAGGGAGCCGAGGGCGCCGCCGAGGGAGCCCUGCCCGUCCCGCCUCCGAAGGGCCGCAAGGGCAGCCCGGGUGCCGCCAGGGCCGCCGCCGACGAGGGCAAGGCCGAGGAGUCCGAGGUGCCGAUGUACGACAUGAAGCAGCUAUCGUAAGCUCGAGAUGCGAGCCGCUUUCUUUGGACCUGUGAGACCACACAGAGCUAGUGAAGGCUGCUGCUGCCAAGCAGAGCUGCAAGAAGAUGAACGUUUGUUUGAACCCUGCUGAAGGAGGAGAGCCGUCCACAGGCUGACCCAGGCCCGAACAUCCAGCAACAACCAACAGAUCCUGAAACCCGCCUGGCUCUGACGCAGUGAUGUGUGGUUCUGGACGUUUGUUAUCAAAUCAGCAACAUAUAUUUAGUCCUUUUUGUUUUGUGUUCAAUAAACACUGACUCUGGAAACCAGAUGAACCGCGUUCAUCA